AUGGCUACUCAUUUCAUCAGCUCCACUCUAGUUCUUGCCACCUUCCUCCUCUUUGUCUCUCCUCCCGCCGCGGUGGCUCAAGUUAUUAACAUAUUCGACAUGGACGCCGAACCAGUGAAAGCCGGCAAAUUGUACUACAUUCUCCCAGUGGUUCAACGCCAAGGGGGUGGCAUAUCAACCGUACCUAAAAACGCUAAUGAAUCAUCAUGCCCACUCUACGUGGUCCAAGAGAAAGACACAACGUCUCUUGGCCUCGCCGUAACAUUCAACCUUGCGCUACCUAACACCACCAAUGUUACUUUCUCUGCUGACAUGAACAUUGUCUUUGGCCAAGCUAUCAACUGUGUUGAAUCUCCUGUAUGGACGUUGGCACUCGACGAGCCCACCGGAAGGCGGUACGUGGCUCUUGGAGGUCUAGGUAUGGCUCGAGGGCCGAAAGCAGUGAAUAAUUGGUUCAGGAUUGAGAGGUUUUUCCCGAGAUUUCAUUUUGAUUAUAAGUUCGUAUUUUGCCCAACUCGCGUUAUUUGUCCAACUUGUCAAAAUAGUUGCGGAGAUUUGGGUGUUUUUGUUCGGGAUGAUGGGACUUGGGUUUUGGGCGUUGGUGCUCCACCUUUGAGAAUUAAGUUCAAGAAAGCUUAA